AUGGCUGGAUCAAUCGCUGACAACUCUGUCUUGUAUAGAAAGAAGACCUUUACAUAUGUGCCACCGACACCACCAGCUGAACUCAUCGAAUCUACUAGCUACACACUAGACUUUGCAGCCCGUAAGUUUGUACAUAUUGGUUUUGACCCGAGUGAAAAAUUACAAGUCGUUGUUCAUUUAUUAACUUCAUCGCGGUACGUGCAUAUUACUACAAAUUUUAUGAAAAAAAUAUUCGGGUUCAUGAGACAUAUCUUAUCGUUCAUAUCAGACACACCACAAAAAUAUAAGCGAGUUAUAUUUUAUGAAGACGAAAAAAUGAAACUAUCGAGUUUGAAGUACAGCGGAGAAAAUGUGUUGGUGAUUGAAACAAAAAAUCGUGAUGGAUGUAGAGUACUGCUGAAUCGGGGCGACCUUCUUCGACUUCAAUAUCUCGAAUGUUCUAUUUUCGAGAGCAUCGUACGAAAAGAAGUAUUCACCGCUCUGUUGAUUAUAAAACAAUAUGAAGAAAUUAUCGAGUACCUCGACAAGAAAUGUAGGCAACAUAAAUCACCACCGAAAACUGUUGACGAGAUGGUAGUUUUCAUUAAGAACAUACAAGACGACCGAGUCGUUAAAUCUUUACCAAAUUUCUCCAAUCAAAUACAGAUGUAUGCAGCUGAACAGUUAGCUGAAACAUUGUUACACCAGAGGGCAAACAACUCGCAUUAG